AUGACGCGGCACUUAGAAUGUACUGAUCCUCGAGAUAGAGUAUUUGGCCUGCUUGGCCUGCCGACUUCUGAUGCUGAUCCGGAUAACGGACAUCUCUUCCUAGAUCCGGACUACAACCUAUCUGUCGACCAAGUGUACAUCAAGGCAGCGCAAAAGAUCAUCGAGAAGAGCAAUAGGCUUGACCUUUUAUCCGCUGUGCAACACGGAGCUGAGCUGAACGUCCUUCGCCCAUCAUGGAUUCCAGAUUGGGACAAAGCUCACGCGAUGAUGCUUGCACCAACGAACGCUACUUUCGAAGCAUCUGGUGGUCACUCUCGGCAGGCUGCUAUCGGCCUCGAUGGAGAUGCCUUGGUAGUCAACGGCAUAGAGUUUGACGUUGUUGCAAGUUCGACAACCAUGUUUUCAUCAGGGGACUUUGCUCCACUUCAAGGCAGUUCCGGAAUUGAUCCUGUAUUGUUUCGUGAACUUCACAAGAGCAGUCUCGAAAACGGGCAGUGCGGACCAAUGGACCCUCUGACUAGAGAAUCAUAUCAGGCUGAGCCUGGCGUGGGUCGUCUUUCUGGGCCCAUAACGCGUAAACUCGAGGAGGUCAAAAGCAUCUGGCCCGAGCAUUUCACUGAAGAAGGCAUAAUAGCCCUUGCCUGGACGAUGACCGCCGGAAAAGACUGGUACGGAAGCCUGAUCCAGGAUUCAGAUAAUCAUCUUGCCGAUUUCUGGGCCUUCCAGCAUGCAGUAGGAUUAGCUGUCACCACAGCCGGCUCAGCGGACCCAGUUCGAGCCGAGCGAUUCCUCGAGGCAGCAUCCAAUGCUUGCAGCGGGCGCCGGAUUUUUAGGACGCGGAAAGGAUACCUCGGGCUGGGACCAGCGGCUUUGUGCCAAGGCGACUUUGUGGCUGUACUCUUGGGCGGCAGGCUUCCCUUCGUGUUACGGAGAUUCGAAGACCAUGAAAAGCUUGUGGGCGAGUGCUACGUUCUAGGCCUCAUGCAAGGAGAGAUUUUUCGGGACGCCGACGACUGCGAUUUGCGGAAGUUCGAGCUGCGCUAG